AUGCCAGCCAGCUGCACGAAAGCUGGCUGCCCCUGCUCUGGCGAUGGCCUCAUCGCCAUGUUUCGAACCAAGUGCCUUGAGUGCUGGCGGCCCUUGGUUCCAGGGCAGUGUAUCAUCCCUUACACUGGGGUGGCCUCGGGCUGGAUGCAUUCCGAGUGCCCGGACAAAGCUCGCGGCGUCUUGAGGGAGUAUGAGUCGGUGAUUGACCCAGAGGCUCUCAAUGCAGGAGGUCAUGCCCCUGAGCCACUGGAAAGGCCCCGGAAGCAGCUUACGCGGGAGCAGCUUAGGGUGUUGAACUUCAUCUCGCUGCCUGGACAGCUGCUCAGGAUCGUUGCAGUGGCAGGGGCCGGCAAGACCACCACCUGUGUGAGGCUAGCCGACCGGCUGUUGGACAGCCACUUUGGCGAGCGCGACCUUCGAAUCUUGUAUGUCGUGUUCAAUGACAAAGCUAAGGAGGAAGCAUCUGCGCGGUUUGACAAGCGGGUGCUCGUCAGCACGUCCCACGCGCUGGCCAAGAAGAGGGCGUGGCCGCAUGACAGGGUCGAGGGAAGUCAUCCUGGCCUGGAUGUCGUGGCACAACGUUUGGGGCUGGAGCAACUUGCAGAGGCCGAGGUGGACAAAGGCCAGGAAGGCUCAGCCAGCCAAGACAGCGAGAGGAAGCGCCGGCGUAAAGUUCAGAAGCUCUACCGGCGGCAAGCGCGCUUUGUUCUCAAAACCUUGGGUAGCUUCCUGAGCUCCGAUUCGCAGCACGUCGAGGAGCGGCACGUCUUCUACAAGGCGCUGGAGCAGAAGACAUUCUUGCCGAAGCUCUACAUCGAGAAGGCCCAGCAGGCCUUUAAGAUGAUGUGCGAUCCCAAUGAUCUCGGAUGGCCUCAGACGCAUGACGGGUAUCUGAAGCUUUUCCAACUUCAGCGCGGGCUUAACUUGGGGCCACAGGCGCCAGCACCAGAGUGCUGCGGCGGGGCCAUGAUUCCGCGAAACGGCCGGCAUGGCGUGUUUUUCAAAUGCGGCGACUGCGAGAAGAAGGCCAACGCGGCUGACGUACUUGGGUUUGAUGUCAUCAUCAUCGACGAGGCGCAAGAUUUCACCCCAUGCCAAGCCGAUGCCUUCUUCAGACAGGCAGAGCACGGUGCGAGGGUGUACCUCGUUGGGGACCCGCGCCAGCGCAUGUACAGAUGGCGCGGAGCCCGGGACAGCUUCGAGAAGCAAGACGUGGGCGAUCUCCAGUUCUCCUUGACCGAGUCCUUUCGCUUCGGGCCCGAAAUCGCUGAGACAGCCAAUGCCGUGCUCACCUUCGCCGGCGGCGGGCAUGCUGUGAAGGUGCAUGGGCGCGGAGAGCCUGGCCAGGUCUUGCAGCCGGAGGAGCCCUUGCCUCCUGCAGGCCUCGGAGGGCGCGCUGCGCCGGUUGCCGUGGUCAUAGCGAGGACGAACAAGGGCAUCUUCCAGGAGCUGGUCAAGAGGCUGAGCUCUGCUGGUGUCUCGGGAUUGAGCUGGGCGAGACUGGGCGAGGGGGCCCCGAAAUAUAUGUUCGAGGAGCAUUCCUUCGAACCCUACCUCAAGCUCCGCCAGGGGGAGACGGUCCACAUGAAGGGGGAGGAGAUCAGCACCUGGGAAGAGCUCCAUGAGCUGAUCGACGAGGAAGACGACACCAAGAUGAGGACCUUGGCCGAGCUGGUGGAGGAACACGAAGGCAAUAUUCCAAACUUGCUGCGCCAGCUUGGCACUCCCAAGGAGGACUGGCGAGAAGCCGACCUGGCUUUCAUCACGGGCCACCAAGCCAAAGGCCUGGAGUUCGAGCUUGUGGAGCUGGCCUCCGACUUCAAGAUGCCUUUCGACGAGCACGGCCAGCUCCUUCCGCAGGAGUGCAUCCAGAAGCCGUACUUCCAGGAGGAGCUGAACGUCCUCUACGUAGCCAUCACGCGCGCGAAGCGGUGGCUCCGGCUCUCCCCCGAGGUGUCGAAGCUGCUGGCGGCCCUGAACGCCACGCCGAGCCGGAAGCUUCGGGUGCCCGAGGGGCGGCCCCAGAAGCUGGAAGAGACCCGGGUUGGAGAUGCCGCGAGAUGGAAGCUUUUUGAGAAGGCAGGGUAG